CCGACGUUGGGCUCACUGGCCAACGAUCACUUUCUUUAGUCAUCCCACUCUCAUCCAAUUGUAUAUUCAACGGCACGGGGGUUACUUGGUUGGUUCCUUUCUUUUUUCUCGGGUAGCGGAGGGAAGAUUGCGAAACGCUUCUCACCAUGCCACCUACUUUCAGGUCCUCACGCUCUGGUCGUCAAUUUGGCGACGGCGCCAACCGAACUAGAACAGGCCAGAUCGACCACGAUGUCUUUGAAGGACUCCCCGUUCGACGAUGGACGCGCCAGCUACAGACCGUCUCCCAAACUCCGAAGCUGGAUGGUCAGGAAUCAUUUGUCGAGGGUCCAGGCGGAAAGCAAACGAUACCCGAACAUCCUAUGCCCAAAGACAGCCACCUGUUAACGCCGAUGAGUAGAGCGCUCCUCCGUGCGGCACGUGCGGGUUGCAUAUACAUUCGCAAAGCCCCAAAAGAUGUAGAAGAUGAGGAAAAGGAAGUAAUGGAUGUGGAAGAACAGCCGACCUUACAGACUACGGAGCGUAGCUUUGUUACCCGCAAGUGGACCACUGUACCUAGGCACUUGGAGAAUCCUGAAGUUGAGUUCCUGGCUAAGAGACGACCGGGUUUGCCGUCAUUAUAUGGCGCGAUGACUGCCGGCGCCAAUGGUGCUGAGAACGGAUCUGCGCCGAUGAGGAGGACCCGUUUCAAGAAGGUUGACCCGAGAAGCGGAAACAUCUCUGUAUACGAAGCCUGGGUGCCAGAAGGGCAUAAGAUUGAAGGAGAAAUUACCGACGAUUCUUCACUCAUACCGGAAAACGGCGAAACAACUGUAACACCUGAGGCGCCUGCUCCUGGAACGGUUAUUGAAGGUGUCGGUGUGGUCAAUGGUGAAGGCGUGGUUGUUGCAGAUCCAGCCUCGGCGGCCGUUAUGACUCCUCCAAAGAGACGCCCACCUCCUCCUAAACGCAAGGCGAAGGGCUUUGGAAAGGGAAGAAGAAAGAAGGUCAUGUUCGCUCCUGGCGAGGGAGCCGAUGCGAACGCAGUACAUGGAGCUGGAGCUGCUGAUGUCGCCGCUGAAACGGGCUAUAGUAAGGAGGGUGCAGACAGGUCGCGGAUUUCAAAUGGACAGGACGACGAGGAUGACGAUGGCGACGAUGGCGAGGAAAGCGACGAGGGUGAUGAGUCUAUGCUAGAUGCUAAGACACCAGAAACCCCGCUUCAUCAACCCAGCGCAGAACCGCCAGUUGUAUCCGCACCUGGACCUGUAGCUGACCCAAUUCCUACUUCUACUGCACCCACGACGGAAACAGUGGUUGCUUCACAGCCGCCAGCUGCCACCUCAGAACCGCCUUCGCACCUACCUCUACAGUCCUCUGCAAUGCCUACUAUGCCAUUCACACUCCAGCAGCCCUUACAGCCUGUACAGCCGACCACACGUAUAUUAGGUUCCAAUUCUCCCGAAAAUUUGGACCUAAAGGUGCCACCUGCGGAAGAUGUGGAGAUGACCGGUGUCCAUCCCGAGUUACCGUCCGUCGAUGCCCAUACCGCAUUCAUGCCCAAGGCAACACCGAAUACACAACAACAAGUGGCUCCAGAUAUCAUUCGAGCUUCGUCUGUUGAUGCUGUUACCAAACCUCAAGAGAACCCUCAGGUCCCAGCCCCAGGUCCGUCCCUAGAUGUGAAAAAGGAAGAAUCGACCGAAACACCAUUAGAAAUUCCUUCAACAGGGCAGGCUAUAUCGGUAGCCCAAACAGGUGUUGAGGAUAUGGAUGUGAAACUAGACCCCUCGGCUACCCCCACUCAAGCACCGCCAGGGCAAGCUUCCCAGCCAGAGCAGGUACCCCAGCCACAACAAACGCCCCAGCCAGAACAAGCUCGCCAGCCAGAGCAGGUUCCCCAACUUGAAAUAGCUUCGCAUUCAGAGCCAGCUCGAGAGCAGCUCAUCAUGGAGACAACCGAUGAUAUGGAGGAGAGCAACGGUACCGGCCUCUUAGACAGUUUAGAAGCAAGCUUGGGACGUGCUCCCAGCGUAGGCCCGAACAGUGCUCUAUUUGAUGCGCAAAUAAAAGCUCACUUCGAAGACAAUGCCGCCCAGACCAGUACGGAAAUAACCCAGGAGCCUAGCAUGAAUAUAGGGGUUGACACCAUUGGUCAGUCAAAAGAGACAGCUUUGCAGUCAGUUUCACCACAGUCUGCAGAACCAACCGACCCGGUGGUGGGCCAACCAUCCGCAUAUGUCCCUAAGCAGUUUGCUGUUGGGCACAGCGAAGAGCAAGCCGCAGAAUCGCCUACGGAACAACAUAUGCAACAUACGGCAGAGCCCCCGAUAAAACCAUCAAUAGAGCAAGCUCCUCAAGAACUGGAGCAAUCUCCUGUUGAGCAGCCGACUGAACCUACCAUGGAACAGACUGAGAUGCAAGUGGAGGAGCUGAACCCCGUUUCGGUAGAGAAACCACUUGAAGAGCUUCAAGGAGUUCAACAAAUCGAAGCAGAACCAGAUUCGGCGUUUCAGCGGUACAUAACACAAGACACAGAGCUUACUUCAACUGAUGCUUCAGAGCCACCUGCAGCGUCGUUCGCGGAACCACCAAGAGAAAUACCCGCUGAGCAGCUCUCACAGCCCACAGAACACGCAACAGCGCAACCUUCGGUGACACCGCCAACGGAACAAGUAGUAGAGCAACCGGAUAUUUCUCAACCAGCGGCGACGCAACCUCUCCAACCCUCCCCACCACCCCAGCAGCAAGUUGAACACCAACCACCCCAAGUUGGGACUCCACACGUACCAACUGCAACUGGCUCGGAAAACCCUCAGCCUGAUCCCAUUCAAGCCAGCGAAACCCACGACUUCACUGCGCCUAAUUUCUCGCCAAUCUCCGACCUUAACCCUGAACCCGAGAAGAAGGAGGAAACAGAUUCGCAACCGAAGACAGUAGAAGCAAGGGGGACUGGGGAGCCAGUGCCGUCGGGACAUGGCACAGUUCCAAACCCCCAAUCAAACUGAUUUGCACAUAGUACUUUGCUUAGAGACAGGGGACGAUGUAUCGAUUCACUGGAAAUCUUUUUCUUUUUCACGAGGCGUAAAUCGGCGUCCGGUACCAUCUCGGGUUGGAAAUGGGCUUUUGGAUAUUACUCACAUUAGGAUUCAAGGCAUGUUGGUUGUAUCAUAGGAGUAUUUUCGUAUAUGAGCCACCACCAUUUAAAUACACACAUAGUAUAAGCCGUCUGUUGCUGACUCCUUC